AUGGAGUUUUCGUUAAAAUUUGUCAAUCAGGUGUUUGUUUCGGCUCUCUUUAUAGUUGCAAAUGACAAUUCCAUUGAUCCGAUCUGUAAGCUUACUAAAGAAGUUGGGCCCUGCCGCGCAUCUAACAAGAGAUGGGCAUUUGACUACUCAAAGGGUAUUUGUGAAGAAUUCACCUAUGGUGGUUGUAGAGGAAACGCCAACAAUUUCGAAACAAAGGAGGCAUGCGAACAAAAAUGCUCACCGAGUUCCACCCACCAAACUCCAGCAGCAAACAAUGAGGUAUUAGAUAAUGUCUGCCGACUUCCCCAAGACACAGGCCCAUGUCGAUCAUCCGUAAAACGUUGGUCUUAUGAUGUCUCAAAAGGAAGUUGUGUUGAAUUUAUCUAUGGAGGAUGCCGUGGGAACGAUAAUAACUUCGAAACGAGAGAAGCCUGUGAGAAAAGAUGUCAACCUUCUUCCUCAUCUAAUUUAGCUGAAGUUCCCACCACCUUGGACCUGCAUGAUAACAGUAAUCUUGAUCAAGUCUGCAGUCUGCCAACAGUAGUUGGACCAUGUAAAGCAACUUACCGUCGUUGGGUGUAUAAUGCUCUCCAAGGAGGUUGUGUUGAAUUCAUCUACGGAGGUUGUGGUGGAAAUGCCAACAACUUUGAGAGCAGAGAAGCGUGUGAAGCUAGGUGUGGAAAAAAUCGUGGUUCGGUUACUGCAUCCGAGCCAAAAUUACCCUUAAUCGUGGGCGAUAAUGAAGUUUGCUUUUUGCCGCAUGAAAGGGGCAAUUGUUACGGAUUUUUUGAGAGAUGGGGAUUCGACCCCAAAACAUUGCAGUGUGCCAUGUUUAUUUACGGCGGUUGUGGAGGAAAUGGAAAUAACUUUGAAUCGAAAGAGGCUUGUGAGCUCCGCUGCAUUCCCUUCGCGCCACCACCACCAAAGGAUGCGGGAGCGAAAGAUCCCAUUUGCUUGUUGCCUAAGGACAUUGGUCCAUGCCGUGCAUCGCAAAUUAGAUGGACCCAUGACGCCGCCACAAACACCUGUAUUGAAUUCACUUAUGGAGGCUGCCGUGGAAAUCAGAAUAAUUUCGAAUCUAAAGAGGCUUGUGAAGCCAAGUGCGGAAGUGGGUUUCCCAGUUUUUUUUAA